UGGUCUAUAUAUCGAGCAGUGGGUCCUAUAUAUAUAUAUAUAUAUCUUCUAUAAACCCACAGCCAUUGAUUACGAUAUUCUGUGCACAUUUCCAGCAUUUGUGGCCAUUACUCGGGCGGUGUGGAUGGUGUGGCAAGUGCUCCUCAAUCGCUGUCAUGUGUCCGGCUCUGGCUCGGGCCACAGCAUGACCCAAUUCUUGCCACAUGUGCCUGUGUGUGUGUGUGUGUCUCUUGGGCAUUUAACGAUUGCCAUUAAGGCACUUGGCCAUAACGCCUGAGUGUUUGUUUAUAUUGCGAGCGUUUCCAAAAAUGAUUGCAUAAUUUAUUUCGCGGACAAAGUGACCCACUCGGCGUCCCGUUUCUGAUUAUUAACCGCUAGUGAUUGUGUUUUCUUAGCCAUGAAGAAACUUCAUCUGGGGGCCAAAAGCAAGGCCAAGUCCUACAAGCCCUUUCGGAACAACAAAAACCGUCGGGGUUCUGCCGACUCGAACUACUCACAACCGUCAUCCGAUCUGUCGCUAGACGAGGAAAAGGAAUCGCUUCGGCGAGAAAAGGAACGUCAGGCCUUAAGCCAGUUGGAUAAAGCGAGGAGCAAACCAGUGGCGUUCGCUGUGCGAACCAACGUAGCAUACGAUGGCGCUAUCGACGACGAUUCGCCCGUGCAGGGUGGCGCCGUUUCAUUCGAGAUCAGGGAGUUCCUGCACAUCAAAGAGAAGUAUGACAAUAACUGGUGGAUCGGCCGGCUGGUCCGAGAAGGCAGUGAUGUGGGCUUCAUACCCAGCCCCGCUAAGCUAGACAACAUUCGUAUGCAGAACCAAACCAGACCCUCAAGACUGUAUGGCACAAAGGGCUCGUCGAGCGGCAAUCUGGGCGCCGGUGGAGGCCAAGCAGGUGCGGAGCCAUCACGAGAUUCCAUGGGACCGGGACGUCACGGGAAGACACCGCUGGCCACGGCACCGAACAAGGAGAAGCGCAAGCCGUUCUUCAAGAAGCAGGAGACGGCCAGCCCGUACGAUGUGGUGCCAUCGAUGCGACCCGUCGUCCUGGUGGGUCCGAGCCUUAAGGGCUACGAGGUGACCGACAUGAUGCAGAAGGCGCUCUUCGACUUCCUCAAGCACCGCUUCGAGGGCCGCAUCAUCAUCACGCGCGUGAUGGCCGACAUUUCCCUGGCGAAGCGCUCCAUCCUGAACAAUCCAUCGAAGCGGGCCAUCAUGGAGCGGUCGAGCAGUCGGUCCGACAAUCUCGGCAAGGUGCAGGAGGAGAUCGAGCGCAUCUUCGAGCUGGCCCGCUCGCUCCAGUUAGUCGUACUCGAUUGUGAUACAAUCAAUCAUCCGUCACAAUUAGCAAAAACUUCAUUAGCGCCAACAGUAGUGUACUUAAAGAUUAGUAGUAGUAAGGUUUUACAGCGUUUGAUCAAAUCACGCGGCAAAUCGCAGGCGAAAAACCUCUCCGUUCAAAUGGUUGCCGCCGAGAAGCUAUCCCAAUGUCCACCGGAAAUGUUCGAUGUGAUUCUAGACGAGAACCAGCUGGAAGAUGCCUGCGAGCACAUAGCCGAGUACUUGGAGACCUACUGGAAGGCCACACAUCCCGAUAUUCGUGCAGUGCCGCCGAUAGCCAGACCCCUGCCGCAGGAGGCCUCCCCCUUGGCGGAUGCGGCACGCCUCGGACCGACACCGCCAGUAGACGGCGAGGAGUUCGUCGACGAGCAGGACCCCCGCAUGGGGGGCCUGUCGAGCGGGGAGCGCGAGGGCAGUCGGGAGCGCGACAGCAGGGAGAGGGAACGCGAUCGGGAGCGGGAAAGGGAGCGGGACCGCGACUACUGGGACAGGGAGUUCAACCGGGAUCGCAGCUCGAAGGACAGGGAGAGGGACUUGGAGUGGGAGCGGGAGCGGGCGCGCGAGUGGGAGAGAGAGCGAGAAAGAGAUUGGGAUAGAGAGUUCGAUUGGGACCAAGGAGGAGGCUCGUACCACCACAGCCGGCGCCAGACGACGGCGGGACGCCACCAGGAGCGGGGCGGUGGCGUCGGAGCCGGCGGCUAUGAGCGGGACCGCGAACGGGAGCGCUACGAGCGGCGAGAGCGAGACCUCAUGCACUACGAUCUGAACAGCGACGAGCUGCUGGACGAGCGAAACUUCGAGUAUCCGGCGAUGCGGAGCGGCCCGAGCGGGGCCUCCCACCACGGCCACCUGUCGCGGGGCGGGCGGCUGAUGGACGACCAGGAGUUCGAGCGGGAGGAGCCGCAGAUCCGGAUGACCAGCUCCCGCUACGGGCCAUCGACGAGGAUCGACGAUCCGCGCGACCUGCCGCGCGGCGCCACCGUUGUCGAUCGCGAUGAAUACAGUCCGCACAGAGGUGGUGGGAGUAGUAGGAGAAUGCUGAAUGCCAUGUAGGAAUCGUGGAUAUAGGGGUGGGAUCAGAUCGAUUCGAGAGCGCCAGGUUUAAAGGAAGCACGCGACAA